AUGAUUUCCAAUUAUCAAAAUGAUGCUUAUAAGGGUUUUUUGUUUGGAGUAGCUGUAAUGGUAUUUUUACACAAUACUUUCGUCUCUUUCUUUUUAUACAAAACGCGUCAAUCCAAUGUUUCCAAUAUCAACAAAAUUAUAAUAAACAUUAGUGGCACGAUAUUGUUCAUAAUAAGAAUUGUAGGAUCAUUUGCACCUGUUUGGGUAGACUUAAUUGGUUGCAAGGUUAUAAAUUCUCUAUCAUAUAUUUCAUCAUUCUUUUUUAGAGAAGCCUUGGCAUUUUUUUUAUUGUGGCGUUUGAGACAAAUUGGAAAUCAUCAAAUAGAUAAAUGGGCGAGCAUUAUCUUAUUUUCAGGAAGAACAUUAUCUCACUUUACAGCGUUUGGUUUUGCCAGAAUAUCAUUAUUACCAACCCCGCUUCGAAAUUGGUGUGCGAGUAAUUUUAAUCUCAUAUUUAAAUCAGAAACAAUCUCAAUAUGCGUAGACUUUUCAAUUGAUUUGUAUGUUACAUUUAGAUUAAUACAAAUCCUUCGUAGUUCCAGCAAUAAUCUAGCAGGUUUUAAUACAAGCACGAGAGGAAAUACAAAACACAAUUUAUUUACUGGAGUUAUAUACUGGAAUUUUGUUCGUUUAGGAGUAGCUUUUCUACUGAAUCUAAGUGCAUUUGUGGUUCUUUUAACUGCGACCAAACCUCUCAACUACGAUCAGUUUGCACCUAUAUUCUUUUUUAAUACAUUAGCUUUUGUUCUAAUGUCUUAUGUUGUGACUGUUGAUGCCGAGAUUGUUAAAGUAAUUAAUAAUCAAAAUAAAAAAGGAUCAGGUAGACCUAAAUAUAAGGAAAAAAGUUCCUCCACGAAUGCAACUAAUAAAAGUGCUGUUUCGGAAUCAUUUCCAAAACACAAUAAUCUUAAUUCAUAUAAUAACAUUCAAACUUAUGAUGUAUCCUUUAAAAGAUUGUCAUUCUUUGAAUGGUCUAAUACGAUUAUAGGUUAUGGGCAUGAGGAAAAUCGUAUACAAGAAGAAUUUGAAGAAAUUAUUGAAGUACCUUUGGAAGAUAUCAAUCAUGAUCUCGAAAAAGGCGAUGAUACAAUAGAUAUUUAA